AUGUCUACUGUUCCAGAAGGUAUACCACAAACAGCAAUAACGGCUGAUUUUAGUUACAAUGAUAUUAAAACUUUUCUGUGCACUGAUGGAAGGAAUGAAGAAUGGAUGCUAAAACACCUGAAUCUCAGUAACAACCUGAUUUCUGAACUCUCCUUAACUACUUGUAGAAAUUUACCUGUUUUAGAAACUCUAAACCUCAACAGUAAUGCCAUCCACACCCUCACACUGGACAUUCCUACGCCUGCACAUGGGUCUGAAAAGUACGGAAAAGUUGAUCGUUUCCUGCCUGCUUUGAAAGUAUUGUCAGUUGAAAGAAAUAACCUUAAUGCAGUUCCAAGAGGACUAGGCCUGCUGCACUCUUUACAAAGCGUCCAUAUGGCAUCCAAUAGCAUACAACAGAUUGAUCAGAAUGAUUUUCAAAACUGUUCACAGCUGAAGGACAUCGACUUGCAAAACAACAGGAUAACUAAAAUUCAUCCAGAUGCCUUCAGGAAUCUCAACAAAUUACAGGUUGUGGACCUCCGUGAAAACACUCUGACCACCCCUCUACCACAGAUAUUAAUCAGUAAUGGAGUCUCUUGGUGGACACCCAAAGGGAAAAUUUCAAAAGAUAAUAGUAUUCCUCAUAUGACACUGGAUAAAAUGAAUAAUUUAGUGAUAUACAAUGCUGAGAAAACUGCUGAAGGGUUAUAUUUGUGUGUUUUUAACACAACAAAGAAGAAAUACCUCAUCUACAAUAUACAGGUGAAAGAAAGGAUUUCAACAUUUUUGGUUAGAAAAGCCCGAGACACUAACGCUGUUUUUAGACAAGGAAGAACAGAGCAAGACUUUGCACUGGCUGUCUCCCUCUCCGUGCUCGUUACGUUUGUUUGCGCUUUUUGUCUGGGUGCCUUCGCUAGACCCUACCUCAUGAGCCUGUGGAGACUCAUGCACAGGAACAAAAAUUCAGGUUCAGAACAUACUUAUCCUAAUCAAGCUUUUUCAGAUGAAACUUUGAGCAGGGAAUGCUCUGCAAGCAAACCAACAAAUACACAGCAUAACUUGUUCAAUUGUGAUGAUAAGAAUUCUUCAAGAAACACAUGCAUUUUUCCUACAGAAACUUGUACUUUGCAUGAAAAUGUCAUUGGUAGCAGCGUACAUGCACCAAAUGCUGAAGAAGAGUACCAGAAACAAAGCAAUAAUGAGAUCAACGUGAAGGAAAAACCAGUAUUUUCAGACAUCAAAACUAGUAUCAGCAAUGAUGAAAAUAUAAAUGUUGAUGGUAAUGGACUGUUUUCUCUAAGGACAGAUUACAAGAACAGCAAUGAAGUAACCCCAAGAAAAUUAAUGAGUAAUGACAUUUCAUUAUGGAAAGAUUCAAAAUAUGCAAAUAAUGAAGACUCAGAGAAGAGCAUGUUCCCUCCCACGCCCAGAAGAUUGAAUGCUGACUCUUACUCAAAUCACACUGACUCUUCCGACUCAGAUUUAUCCUUCACAGGAGAAACUGGCUUUCCGUUUUCCACCAUACAAAGACAUACAGUUGCACAAGAUUCUAGGAACAGCAAGGUAAGCAACAACUCUGGUCUGCUGCAGUCUGAAAUCACAAAGGCUACACCAGCUUCUCCUGAGAGAAAAGGUAUUGUCUCACAUAAUGAGCCCAUGAGCACUACAAAAUUUAUGACUGGAAGGCAAAGCUGUGAUAAACAACUUGGUCUAAACGGCAACAUAAAUACAACCAGUGAUAUGGGAGAUUUUAUUUUACCCAGUAGCUGCGAAAGAAAUACAAAUAUUGAGAAUUUAAGUGUCUACCAAACAACCGAAAACUGUCCUCUUACAGACUAUGACUGUAAAACGGAACGUACAAAUGAAAAAGAUGCUUCAGCAGAUAUAUUUGGCGAUAGUUCUUCAGAUGAAGGGACUCCAUUCACAAUGAGCGACUGUAGUUCUUUAGCGGACUUUGAACUGGAACAACCUGAUGUUAGUGACAACCUGCCGGUCUGUCAGUCUACACUACAGGAAGCCGAUACAAACAGUGGAAACGAGAAGUUCUCAACCCUGCCCGAGUCUCCAAACAUCGCUGCUGAACUUCGGUAUAUUGGGAAAAAUGAAGACAAGAGCAAUGCGUAUUUUGAAACCACUAUGAACUGUGGAUCAGAUACCAUCAUGCCUGAAACAGCAUCACCUUAUGCAGAUAGAUGCAGUGGCCACAUAAGCAUGUCAGAUUCAGACACAAUUAGUUCUUCAAGUCAAGAAGUUCCUGAUACGUUUGAUUAUUUUACCAAUGCAGAGUCAACAGUACAAAACUCUAUUUCUGGUUCUCUCCACAAUCGAAGUACAGAUUGUGGUAAUACUUCACUUUUGUUAAAACAUUCUCCCACAUGUGACACAGAUAAAGAGUACACUCCUGAAGAGGCUGAAUUGCAGCUGUAUCAGUUUCCCAUUGAACCACAGCAUCCCCUCAGCUUCAGUCCCACCGAACAAAAAGCAAAUGCACCAGAGGGAAGUGCAGAUGAGCACACAGACAGCAACUCCUCUGAAGAGAAUCAUGGUGAAGGGGACAUUACAUUAAGAACAAACACGAGUACAUCUGAGGGCAAUGAUUUUAUUUUUGCUCCCAUUGAUAUCGGUUUGAAUGAAAUUGUUAAAACAACAUCGCUACUGCAUUCCAGCAGUGAAUCAUCUCUUCCAUCUCUGCCUGAACACACAGCUGAAAAAUAUUUUAUGGUUAUUACAGAGAAAGAAGACGUGCUGCCACAGGGGAAGCAGGUGAACACAACUAUGGCUUGUGCAGAUGAAAUGCAAAGAGGUUUUAAUGAGAAAAACUGUGAUGGAUACACAGAAUUACAGGAUACCAGCAACUGUAGUCUGCCCGAAGAAACGCAGUCUUGCAAUCUUACAGCAGAUUUGCUGCAUCUUCACUCUUCUGGGAAAGCACUAUCGGUCUUCAGCACAGAAGGUAAUUUCCAACUGGAUCAGAGAGACGAGGAUGCAUGUUUCUUCUCAGUCCCACAAGGCUUCUUCAAUGAAAGCACACGAUACAGUUCCCAUUCAUUCCCACAAAAGACUACAGGAAACAUAAUCUCCGAAAACACCGAUUCCAGCAAGACAGAGAAUGACACUACUUUGACAGGACUGGAGAACAAUUCUACAACAGCUGUCAACCUCCAAAAUUCAAGUGAAAAACUUAGCCAAAAAAAUCAGACCAAUUUAGGACAGGGCCAGGUUUUUGUUAAGAAGAAAAGAGCAUUUGAUGGAUUUGCUAAUGUUUUGCAAAGCAGGAGAACAAACUUUAAUAGUUGA